AUGCUAGAGGCAGCUUUUACGGUGCUGCCAACGACCAGACUCGAAGCUGAAUUGCAGAUGCCAUACCUGCACGAGCCGGGACAUGUAGAUAUGCUGUAUGAGGUUAACGGCUUGGUUCAAGAUUCUAAGCUGCGGAAACUGUUUCAAAAAUGCGAAUCGUGUGGUGCGGGAAUCAUGGAUAAAUGCGUGAUGCAUCAAGACCAGUGGGUCUGUGCUUUUUGCAACAAGUUUAAUCCGAUUAUAGAAAAGGCACCGGCAACUCCUUACGAGGUAGAAGUCGCAGAGACACCAUCAAACAUGGAACCUUCAACUUUUGACAACGUUUUGAUAAUUGACUUGUUAUUUAAUACACCAGAAGAACUGCAAUCGAUAAAAGAUCUGGUGGUUACCAGAAUCCAAACCGGAAGACCAGACGCUAGAUAUGGACUGAUAACUCUAUUCAAUGGAGGCGUCAAUUUACACACUGCUAUGACACAGCAUGCUUUUUCUGUUGAUGAUAGCAGUAUCUCAGCAAAGGCUAAGUCCCUUGAUACUGAACACUUUAUUCAAAAACUACGGCCAGUCGAUAGUCUGUCACUAACAACUGAUCAACUGAUACAUGCCUUGAACAGUUUGGCACCCCUGAGUUUUGACAGUAAAGACCAAAGGCCCAAACGAGCUACUGGUCUGGCUUUUUUUCUGGCAAAUAUCUACUCUCACAGACAAGCAGCUGUAUGUCCAGUUUCAGUAACCGCCUUCAUCAAUGGACCUUGCACCGUGGGACCAGGGAAAGUCAUCCCAAAAAGCAAAAAAUACCACAUGAGACAGCAUCAUGAGUUAGACGCACGUCGGGACAAAUAUUUCAAUCCCGCCAGGGCCUUUUAUCAGCAGCUUACCGAGGAAAUUGAGGUACGGCUUUUCAUCUCUAAUUUGGACCAGAUUGGGGUUGUCGAGAUGAUGCCGGUUUGUGUGGAAGUGGAGCAAUUUGAUUCUUUUACCGAUUAUCGCUUCAUGAAUUUAGCACUGAAAUGGUGGCCUGAUGAAGUUAUCAGCAAUGAAAUAACGGUUUUUGUUCCCAAGAAUUUAAGUAUCGACGGUUGCUUUGGACUUGUUUCUAAGCUCAAACCUUCACAAAGAACCUACAGUGAUACCCCUUGUGGGAUAUCUGGAACAAACAGAUGGCGAUCAUGGUUAUCAAGACCCUCUUUAGCCUUCUCUUUCCAGAUAGGUACACAGGCAACGAAAGACGAGUCAUUUGACGUGGCACCCGUCCACUCAAUCGUUCAAGUGCAGUACAGCUAUGUACGAAAUGGUAAGAGAUACAUCAAGGUUGAUGCGCUGAUGAUAACAACGACAAACGCCCACAUGUCUGGCUCUUGGUCAGUUGCCAAAAGUCUUAAUAUUUCAGUGGCACUUACGUGCCUCAUGAAGCAAAUUGCAUACAGCCAACUUGUGAAAGGGAGAACGCACGCGCUUCACCUACAGGAGUGGCAAACACGGAUAGACAAGCUUGCCGCGAGGCAUUUCAAAACUUUCUCCAAAAACUACUCUAAGUUUCUGGAGUAUUUGUAUUAUCUUAAGUGGACCACACUUCUUCAAAAGCGUAACACUUCACCGGAUGAAGCUGCCCUAUACCAGCACACAAUUUUGACCCAGAACAGGGAGAUAUCAGAACUUUUAUGCAAGCCCCGAGUGACAUUAUUCACCAAUGACGCAAAGUCUGAGAUUUUAAGCUUAAAUGCGCAACUCAUGCAUCAAAACCAGGCCAUGUGUGUGGAUUUCGGCAUUCUUGUUCUUAUAAGAUACUCUGAGGACAAUGCCUUGCCCUUGAAACGGGCUCAAGAGCUGGCCGAUGAAUUGAUCGCCACAAGGUAUCUACCAGCAAGAGUCGAGAAAACGGCCGUAAAUGGUAGCCAAGAUCGCUACUUCAUCUCUAGGUUGGUACCAGACAACAACUCUAACACAGAGGCUCUCUCUUUAGGAGAAUUUAGCGGACUAGUACGCAAACUAGCUAUGUGCGUUUGA